UAAAAAAUUCCAGAAAAAGCAGUGAGAAAAAUGCGGGUAACCGUUGUCGGUGCUGGAAUAAUCGGAACCACAGCUGCUUUCAGGAUUAAGAGAAGGUUUCCUGAUCUAGAGAUAACCGUCCUAGCGGAGAAAUUUAGUCCUAACACAACCUCAGAUAUCGCUGCUGGAUGGUGGGAACCCACCCUGGACCCGGAUACUCCAGCCCACCUGGUCAGUAGAUGGUCCGGAGAAACAUAUUCAUUCUUCCUUAAACUCUGGAGAUCCCAACCCGACCAGGAGGUUGCAGAGAUACAGCAGGAGCUAACAAAGGGAUUAUGUAUGAUGACAGGGCGUGAAGCUGACACGAACCCUGCAGUCCUGAACCUACCCUGGCAGAACAAUGUUCUAGCCUACUCUGUAUCCAAGGAUCCUUUCAGUCUGACCAGCCUAGGGUUCAAGCACUCUCAGGAUAUGGUUUCAAGAUCAUUUCUCUCUUUUACCUUCGAGGCCAGUCUCGUCCUACCAGUAUUCUAUUCUUGGUUACAGAACAAUGGAGUUAAACUAGUUGAAAAGAGAGCCAAAAGUCUUCCCGAGUUGUUUCAAACUUCAGAUAUCAUCAUUAACUGCUCUGGACUAGGAGCUGAAACUCUAGGUGGGGACUCAAACAUGUAUCCUAUCUCAGGUCAUGUGAUCAGAGCUAAGGUUCCGAAUGUUAAAGAAACUCUGAUGGAUGCUAGACCUGAUUCCUGGGCAUAUAUUAUACCAAAUAGGGAUUCUGUAAUUUUGGGAUCAGUGAAUAUUAAGGGUAACUAUGAUACAACAGUUACCGAAGAAAAUACGCAAAAGAUUUUGGAAAGAUGCGGAAACUUUUGUCCUAACGUUAAGGAUUGUGAGAUAGUAUCAGAGAAGGUUGGAUUGAGACCAUGUAGGAGAGGAGGAGUACGGCUUGAACUAGAACAUCAUCCUGAUGGAAAGAUAAUUCACAACUACGGUCAUGGAGGAAGCGGGAUAACCCUAUGCUGGGGAUGCGCCGGAGAUGUUGUGAAAAUAUUGGAAAACCUGAUUCCCCCUACACCAGCUACACACCCUACCCGGAGUAAACUUUAGUUUUAAAACUGCAUCCUUUUCUCGGAGUAAACUCUAGUUUUAGAACUAAAUUUAUCCACUAACCGGAUUAAACUCUGUUUCUAGAAAUAUAUCCUCUACCCGGAGUGAAAUCAUAGUUCUAGAACUAUAUCCCCUACCCGGAGUAAAAUCUAGUUCUAGAUCUAUAUCCUCUACCAGGAGUAAACUCUAGUUCUAUAGACUAUAACUAUAUCCUCUACCAGGAGUAAACUUUUAGUUCUAUAACUACAUUCUCUACCUGGAGUAAACUUUAGUUUCAGAACUAAAUCCUCUACCUGGAUUAAACUCUAGUUUCAAACUAAAUCCUCUAACUAGAGUAAACUCUUGUUUCAAAACUAAAUCAUCUACAUACCUGGAUCUAGACCUACAUUCUCUGUACCCGGAGUAAGCUCUAGUUCAGAAGCUACAGGUUUAUCUGCAAAGGACUUCAUUUAGUCUUAUUCCUUACAUUCCUGGUUCCUGGCAAGUGAAGAAUAUUUCUUUUCUUUGCUAAAUCAUUAUUAAAUCAUUAAAAUGAUAAUUUAAGACAAAAAUUUAAGUCGUAUUAGAGUCUCAUCCUUUAUGGGUAAUCCUGUUUAUUCUCUACACGAAAAAAACUAUGGAUCUUUACCAAUAUAUAAUAUUUAUCCUCUAUCCGCAAUAAAAAAAUUAUGUUUUUUAAUAAUAAAAAUGGGACGAAAUAGAAGUAAAAUAUUUUUAGAACCUUCUAGACCUUCUAGACCCAAUCAUUUAAAUCAAAAUAAUUAUCUUCUCAUUACACAUCUACUGUCUUAGUGUCCAUUUUCUUCUGUAGAAACCAUCAACAGUGUGUCCCAAUAAACAUGGGAAUUCAGUGACGAAUUCGAGAUAAUCUUUGUAAAGAAAUUAGCAUUGCAUUACCUGAUUUCAAAAGCCAUAAUAUUAUUAUGUCUACUGGAGUUUAAUUUGUGAAAACGGUAAAGCUGUAAAGAUGUGUCUAUAAUGUCUCUGCGAGAUGACAGUGAAGACGGACAAGUGUACUCUGUUUGUUAUGCAGACUGCAGUCAGAACAUAAACAAACAAAUUGGAAACAUAUAUAUAUAUAGCAGACGAAAAACUUACGGAUUGUAGCUUUCCCAGUAGGUACAGGGUGUCCCACGAAACAUGACAGUAUGCAGGACGAAUUGAAUGUCGUCUUGAUUUUUGAUAUAAUUUGCU